AUGCCGGUAGAUUUGAGUGCAGGUUCCAUUCCAUCAAUUUAUCGUAAUUUAUUUGAAAUGAUUAAUUUACAUGGUAUUGAUAAAUUAACACUUGGUGUAUUCGUACCUUUAUUUGAAUCGAACACAUUGACAAAAACAAUAUUAAAUCAGAUUUGGAAUGCAGUUAUAAAGACUGAUUCACUUUCUUCACGUAAUGAUUUUUAUAAAUGUUUGGCAUUAAUGGCACUUGUUCAACAAGGGAAAAUUGUUGAUGAAAAAUUACUUGAUAAUUAUGUAAACCGAGAAUUACCAAUUCCAACAAUAGAGACUUUAAAUGAGUUAGAAGAUCGUUUAAUUCGUAUACUACGUAGUGAACAAAGAAAAACUACACUCUGUUUUCGUUAUGGUGAUCUUUGUUCAUUAGAUACUAUUCAAGUUAAUGCACCUGAGAGAAAAGGUAAAAAUAAUUUAUUAAAACAAUAUACAAUUGCGUAUGUCUCUCUAUCUCAAGGUGUUAUUAUACGACAUUUUGAAUAUGAAGUAACAAGCAUGCAUUAUAAGAACAAGGUUUCACGUCGAUAUAAUGACUUUGUUGCUUUGCAUGAAAUAUUAUCAUUAAAAUAUCCCUUUCGAAUAAUACCACAACUUCCACCAAAAAAAGCUGUUAAUGUUGACAAAGAAUUUAUUGAAGAACGUCGUCGAUCAUUAAAACGUUAUCUUCAAAUUUUAUGUCGACAUCCGAUUAUUUGUGAAACAGAAAUUAUUAAAUUUUUUUUAACUUUUCAAGGAACAUCAUUUGGUGAUAAUUUGAAAGCCACAUUUAAGAAUACACUUGAUGAAUUCAGUUGUGAACCACCAACAUCAUUCAGCUCUAUCGAUAGAAUAGAAAGACAUGAAGAAGAUUCAACUGGUAUUCGAAUGUUUUAUACAAGUCAAACACAUAUAUCAUUUCUUCAUCAGCAAUUUUCUCAAAUUCGUACUUUUUUAAAAAAUAUAAAUGAACGAAAUUUUAAAACUGCUGAUGAAUAUUUAGCAAUUGAAAAAGCUUUACAGUUAAUAAGUACAGAUGCAACACCAAUUGAAAGAUGGGCUACUGGUCUUAAUGAUUAUUGGCCAACAAUACAAGGUGGUCUUGUUGAAUUACCUUUUGAAAUAAAUGCUGUUGCAGAACGUAUUAAUGAAGAAUGUAAACAUGAAGAUGAAGUUAUUAAUGAUCAUCUUGAUAUGUUAAUUGAAUUACUUCAAGGAUAUAAAGAUUUAUGUAAACGUUUUGAAGAAGCAUUACAAGUUGAACAACGAGCUAUUCAAAGAGCAACAAAUCAAAACAAGCGUUCACUAACAACAAAUGAUUUAUCAGCCAAAAAUGAUAAUAGUCUUAGUUCAAUUGAAAAACGUAAUAAUCAUGCACUUAAAUGUGUACAAAAUGAAACACAAUUAAUCUAUGCAAAUUUAGAAGCAUUUGUUUAUAUAUUAAGUAGUUUAGGAAAUAUUCAACAAAAAGUUGCAUCUGAUCUUCUUAAUAUUUGGAAAUCAUUUUCAAAUAAAAUCUCUGAACUUGGACAAACAUAUGUUAAUAAAUCAUCAAUACAAAGAUCAAAUACAAUUGGAUUAAAAAAUAAAUAA